ACACCUGCACGAGAUCAACAAGCGAAACGCGUCAGUCCAUUUUGCCUCUCCAUCCGCACUAUUAUUAAAAGCGUGCCCGACAUAGACGCUAAAUGUGGAGCAUGCAUUGAACUGAGAAGACGUAUUUGAGUUUCAUUCCUUUGCGAUAUUUUUCAAGACGUGUUUCAACGAAGGAUAAUGAACGAUAUAAAAGUUACCGUUCUGGGAUCAGAGGGUGUCGGAAAAUCAGCGCUUAUUGUUCGAUUUCUAACCAGACGAUUUAUUGGAGAAUAUGCAUCAUCAUCUGAGUGCAUUUAUAGAAAACGCAUGUCUAUUGAUGGAAGGCAGCUUAAUCUUGAACUUUACGAUCCCUGUUCACAGCCAUGUGAGGGGAAGUCCAAUCUUAAGGAGCAGAUCCACUGGGCUGAUGGUUUUGUGGUCAUUUACGACAUCAGCGAUCGUUCCUCCUUCCUUACGGCCACAGCUAUCGUGCACCUGAUCAGAGAUCUUCACUUGGGAGUGGCUAAAAGGGACACAGACUCUGUGAUUUUCUUGGUGGGCAAUAAGCAAGACUUGUGCCACAUGAGGGAGGUCGAUAGGGAGGAAGGCCAGAGGCUGGCAUCCGAGUGCCGAUGCCAGUUUUACGAGUUGUCUGCGGCAGAGCACUACCAGGAGGUUGUGCUCAUGUUUUCCAAGAUUGUGCGCAAUGCCAGUCUGGGAGUCAAGGGCAAGGAGCGUCGCCGGCGCCCCAGUGGCUCCAAGUCCAUGGCUAAGCUCAUCAACAAUGUCUUUGGAAAACGGCGGAAAUCCGUUUGAUGCAAACCUGAAAAUGGACAAUGGUAGCAGGAUGCACAUGAGAUGGCAGGUGGCAGCACGUCAAACAUGUUUAAAUGGAUGAAUCUCACAACACCUGUGAAGAACAUUUCCAAGUCAUACUGCACCCCAAAAUCAAAGGAACGAAAUAAGAAUAUAUAUUAUGCUUAAAGAAAAUGAAGCCUUGGGACCAUUAAUAUCUUUUCCAUUGUGGAAUUAUUUUCAGUUCAGCACCCCAACAAUUAUUAUUACUACCAUAAUGCUAAAUAAAAUAUUAUUUGAAUGAAUGUAAUGUGAAUUGUUUUUAAAUUGUAAAAUAUUUAAAUAUAAUGGUAGUAUUUGUUGAACUGCCUUUAAUCUAAAUAGAAAAUGUAAAGUCAUUAAUGCAAUGUUAUUUUUUUACUGUAGUAUGCAACAAAAAAGUACUGUAUUUUAAUAAUGUGAAUCUAAUGAGAAUCACCAUUUAGAAUAAUGGCAAUUAUAAAUAAUACAAAUAAAAAAGCUCUAAAGUGAAAUGUCAGGACACAUUAUGGUAAUUUGGGGCAAAAAUGUGCUUAAUUGUCAUGAAAAGAAUCUCAUAGAGCAAAAAAUAAAAUAAAAAUAAUUAAAUAAAUGUAAUGGUCCCAAAAUAAACUUCAGUUUCUUCUUGCAAAAUAUAUUUUAUUUUUAUAUGGGACAUGUUUUCAUGAAAUUCACAAAAAUAGUUCUUCACUGCUUAGUGUUCUCAAAGAGAGUCUUUGCCAUGCAUUACUGGAGGACUGUGUGCAACUGUGCUUUCUGUUCCUGUACAUCUCUUCUAUUUGCCUUAAAUGUUUCUUUGAUCACUUCUUUGGAUGUUUCAAAAACAGCUCAUGUUAAAGCUGAGGACACCACUUCAGUUUGAGGAAUGACAAAAAGACUUAAAGCCAAAGUCAACUCUGAACUUGUGAAAUAUGGAUUAGCUUACUAUGUAAUCAUAGAGAAACUCUUUCAUGUGGUUCACUUACAAUUUUUGUAAGAAACUAUUCACUCACUGUUUCAUGUAAAAUCAUCACUUUCAACAUAUAUGAUGACAAUGACUGUCUAAUGGCGUCAUUCGGGGUUUUGGUAUAUAAAAUCUGUCAGAGAACUUCAAAAUAAUGUAAAUAAAAAUC